AUGCCUGCCCGCUGCCUCCUCCUCCUCUUCUUCUUCCUCCUGGGGUUGGAGCUUGCCUGCUGCCAGGAAGCCCGGGGCAGUCUCCAGCCAUGGUCGCAGGGUGUCAUCGCAGUGGUUGUGUUUCUAGUCCUGGUGGCCAUUGCUUUUGUGGUCAAUAGAUUCUGGUGUAAGGAGAAAGUGGAAAAUGUUGAGACGGUGGUGAGUGUCGAGGACAAGCGGGAGGCUGUCACAUCCAAUGGCCAUGAAGGGAGAUACCUAACUGCUGCAGCUGACUUCAGGUCCAAAGAGAGCCAGCAUGCCUACGAGAACACCAUAGAGCCUGAGGAGAGUGUGAUGACCACCGCCAUGUAG